AGCCAGCGGCUUCCCCCAUCUUUCGCAACCUGCUGCGACUACUUUUACUAUCACGUUUUCAACAAUGGCAGACCACAAUGAAUCGUCAGAGGACCUUGCCCCUACCCAGACGGCAGGAUACAAACCGCCAGAAAAGAAAACUGUCGCGGAGCUCGCGCAACUAGAUGCACAAGAUGAAUCUUUGCGAAAGUGGAAAGAGAGUCUAGGUCUGAAAACUGAAGCGGCGGGUCCCGUCGAUGAUCCCCGCAAAGUCGUAGUUCUCUCCUUGGGGAUGGAAAGUCCAGGGCGGCCCGAUGUCAGCGUAGACCUCUCAACGGCUGACGCGAUCGCAAAGUUGAAAGACCAGCAGAUGACCAUAAAGGAAGGUGUCGAGUACCGACUCAAGGUCAAGUUCAAGGUGCAACACGAUGUCGUGUCCGGUUUGAAAUAUUUGCAUGUUGUUAAGCGCAAGGGAAUCAGAGUGGAUAAAAUGGAGGAGAUGCUGGGAUCCUACGGCCCCGCUGCUGAACCAUAUGAAAAGAAGUUCUUGACGGAAGAGGCUCCAAGUGGCAUGCUUGCCCGUGGGCACUACGAAGUAAAGAGCAAGUUUGUGGAUGACGAUGGCACAUCUCAUCUUGAAUGGUCAUGGUCUUUUGACAUUAAGAAAGAAUGGGAUUAAGAAUUUGUCCAAUGCAUCCCUACGUGCGAUCGAUAGUGCUCAGUUAGCCAUGUACACCAGAAAUGUAUCCUAUCGUUUAUAAAAUGACUGGCAUCACACCAUGACGAUGGCUUCGCAGGAG